UGUACUUUUCAAUUUCAAACACUACAAAAACAGAUUUUCACCAGAUUUUAUUUUGAAAUUUUUCUUGCAUAAUAUAUACACACAAAUCUUCACUCUUUAUAUGUAUUGGCUCAUACUUUUCCUUCAUCCACUUCACGUUUCUAUUUUGUUCUUUUCUUGUUCCAGCUUCCAAUAUUUCUUAUAUAACGUGCAAAUAAGCUUGAAGAUUAUUUGCACAGAUUUUGGGUUUUGCAAAUUUUAUUUUCUUCUUUUUUUUUGUAUCGAAAAUGGCCCAAAAUUGUGAGUUUUCACCAUGUUUGGAUUCAAAUGAAGUUCAUGUUCUUGCCGUUGAUGACAGUCUUGUUGAUAGGAAAGUCAUUGAAAGGUUGCUAAGAAUCACUUCUUGCAAAGUGACGUCAGUUGAUAGUGGGAGAAGAGCUUUGCAGUAUUUAGGUCUACAUGAAGAUGAAGGCUCUGCUAAUUAUAAUGAGAUAAAAGUGGAUCUGAUUAUUACAGAUUAUUGCAUGCCUGGAAUGACUGGCUUUGAGUUGCUGAAAAAGAUAAAGGGUUCCUCCACUUUUAGAGAAACACCAGUAGUGAUCAUGUCAUCAGAGAACGUAGUGGCUCGGAUUGACAGAUGUUUGGAAGAGGGUGCCAAGGAGUUCAUAGUGAAGCCUGUGAAACUAUCUGAUGUGGAACGACUCAAGAGCUCUAUGUUUGGCCAAGCUCGAAUUCAGGGAUUAAAUUGAAAUCUUAAUACAGCCUUUUAGGAAAGUAGAGACGUUUUUAGAAAGGAUUUUAUUUAAUUCAAAUUUUUAAUUUCAUAUAGAAUGUGUGUAAUGUUAUAAUAUAGCAUACGAUCAUAAUUACAUAGAAAUUCCCUCUCCAAAAUGAAAAAAAAUUAUGUAGAAAUCAGUGUAAGUUUAAAGGUUAAGUCACAUAAAAAUACUCAGAAAAUGAUCAUAUGAGCAAAAGUCAAGAAAAU